GUCAUGAUGGCUGAUAGUUAAUGAAGAAGGUGUGUGUGUGUUGGAGGGAAGCGAAGAGUCGGCAACCGCGCAGGCCAGUCAGCGCAGGCGACUCCGCACACGACUCGAGACGCUCCCCUGCCUCAGUUCGGUCACGACUGGCGAGGGCUACGGACGUGCUGCGCUUGGGUCCGUCAGCUUUGCUAGCACAUUUUUUUCAUUCCUUUUUGGAUGGUUGGAGCUUGUUAUCCUGUCGAAUGGUGACCACCUUGGUGUGAAAUAGUGAAGACGUCAGCAAAGACCAUCGCAGCGGUCCAAAAGUUCAGAAAUUAAAAAUCAAGAAAGAAAAGAAAGUGAAAUUAUUAAAUUUUUUGCUGUAAAUUCUAUUAAUUAAAGUGUUAAUCGAUUUUGUUUGUGAACGCAGUUUUCUCUCCGAAAGCUCAUCCAAAUUAAAAAAGUAUAUAUAUACAUAUAUAUCAAGUGUGACGAGUCUUAGUUAAGACCUCAAGUUGCCAUACACCUGCCGCUUGACUUCGGCAGAUCGCGGAAGAAAAAGAAAAAAGCCGAAUCUCUUCAUCUCACUUAAGUGAUUUUAUUUUUUGAGAGACUGGUGCUAGCGAGAGAUUGUCUCAUGGCCGGAUGGUGAGCCAAGGUGUGACACCUCCGGGUAGCGUUAAACCGGACAGCGGAUUACAGCAGCCACUUUAUCACUGAAGACUCCAGAUAAGACCAACACGUACUAAAUAUGGACCCGCCCAACAACAUGGAUCUGGAGCUCUUUGAGGCUCUUCUGGCCAACAUGCAACAAAAUCUUCCCCAAGGCGCCUACGAUGAUGUCGAUGACGACGACGAUGACGACUACGAGGACGACGACGACGACGAUGACGACGACGACUACGACUACCCUGGAGGUCACGAACACAACAUCCACACAAUGGCUAACCCCUUCGGUGGAGGCGGAGGCGACGGAGGGGGCGGCAUGGGCGGGGGAGACAUGGGCGGCGUGUCCCUACCCACGAUGCAGACCAUGAGCAUCUUGCAGGGUCUCCUUAAUAUGAAUCCGGGUGCCAUUCCUGGCGGCGUCCCAGACAUGGGAGGUGCCAUGAACCCCGGUAUGGCAGGCAUGGGCUCCCCCAUGGACGGCGGGGCGGGGAGUUUCCUCUCAAACAUGCCAUCAUUCAUGCCCGCCAUGAACCAAGACAUGGCCGGUACCCUUGCUGGGGCCUUCGCAGGUGGCAUGAGCGCCCUCAUGGACGGCUUCGCGGGAGGCAAUGGAGGGAAUGGAGCUACAAUUCAGGAAUACGAUGACGAUGAGCUCCUGUCUGAUGAGGACGAUGAAGACGACGAGGACGAUGACGACGAUAUGGACGAUAGGGUCGGCAUGGGCACCGUGGCUGCAGCCGCUGCAGGUGUAGCUGCUGUUGGUGCUGUUGGCGGUCUUAUGGCCUCUGGAAUGCUAGGAUCCUCACACCCGUCAGCUUCCCAUGGGGUGCACGGUCCUCUCCCUGUCCACAUGCAGCAUCCCGACCACAAUCCUAUGGGUGGGCAUCCUGGAAAUGCGUUACUAGCAGUGCAUAAUUCUCACCAGGGCCAUCCGCCCCCGGUAGGCUUCACACACAGUUAUAACCCGGCAGAUAUCAUGAGUCCGCCCACUUCCCACCCACAGAUCCCACACAGCAUAGCAUCUUCACCAUCCAUGCACCACACCAACAUGGCGCCUAGCAUCAGCGGAGGAUCUGUGAGAAGUGUGGACCCUCUAGCGGGAGUCUCCAUGGGUUUGGCAGGCAUGGCAGCAGGGGCAGGCAUCCUGGCGCCCGUUGUCGGUAGUCUGCUGGCUAGUGGUGGGAAGUCCUUGUCUCAACUGGACAAUUCUGAUACUUCCAGUGUGACGUUUGUUGGUGAUGACUCCUUGGACAGUUCCACCAAAACACUUCCCGCUGACCGUUCAGCAGACCAUAAUGCUGUGGCUGCAACGGCAGCAGCUCUGGAAAAAAUGCACAUUACGCCACCCCAGAAGAAUGAUGCGAAGCCUGCUGUUAAAUCUGACCUUGCAACCGGACCCCAAAAAGAGGCUUCAAAGGCCAAAAAAGAAGAAAAUGACAGUGAAGCUGAAGAGGAGGAGGAUGAUGAUGAAACUGAACCAAAUGAAGAUGUACCCAGGCCAACAAGAGUAGACACGCCAUUAAAUAAAUUAGAUGAUGAUAAGUCCAGUGUAGGUGCCGACUCCAUCCCGGGAUCAGAAUCCGGUGAUGGCAAGUCUGACACAGAAAGUGUCAGGAAGAAGACCCCGUCCCCUGUCCUUGUUGGAAAGUUAGGACGACUCAGUCCCACUGGCAGUGAAUCCACUCCGGUACUAGAGUCUGCGAGUUGUGCUUCUAUCACUGACUUGGCAAGUGCGACGGAGUCGAUGCGAGAUUCCGAUACUGACAACCAUUCAGAUGCUCACAACGUUACGGCCAAUCUUUCAGACCUGGACAAUGACCUCCACGAGGCCCAACCCAAAGUUCGCGCCCCUCCACAGUAUGCCGUCGGCGCCCUUCCCAUCGUUAUAGAGAAGCCAACGUUUGGCUGGCAAUCUAUGGUGGGUUUGGACACGGCCAAGGAUGCAUUAAAGAAUUUGUUUAUGAGUGAAGCAUUCCCAGAAGUGUAUGAGGGGACUCAAGGUACUUGCAAAGGUGUGCUGCUGUUUGGGCCCUCAGGGUCUGGGAAGACUUGUCUUGCACGAGCGCUUGCCAAAGAAGCCAACGAUGCUAUUUUGAUUGGUAUAUCAACGGCCUACCUAGCAACGCAGGCCCCCCUCGAAGCCCCCAAAAUUGUGCGGUAUCUGUUUGACCACGCCCGCAUGAACAGCCCUGCAGUCAUAUUGUUUGAUGAAGUGGACGCCCUCUGCUAUGAUAGGUCCAGCGAGACGGCACUAAGAGCAAAGGCAGAAUUACUGUCUCAAAUCAGAGGUAUGACUACCCUAAACCCUCAGUACCCGCCUCGCAUCGACCCCACUGCCUUCAAUGACGGCAUCAUGGUCCUGGGCACCACUAACCAACCCUGGCUCUUGGAGGAUGACCUCAGGAGAAUCUUCACUUACAACAUUCACGUCAAGCUCCCGAGUGAGAAGGCGCGAGAGGAGCUCUACAGAAUGUUCCUGCAAGCGUUGCCACAUAAUAUUAAUGAUGAUCAGUUCAAGUGCCUAGUAGCGAAGAGCGAAGGGUACUCUGCUGCUGACGUCAAUACUGUGAUCAGACAAGUGGCUCACAUGCCUCCCAGUGAUCCAAAUAAAUACAUACAGAAUGCCCCUAGGGUUAUUACCUUCGAUGACCUCGCCACUGUGAUGACUGACUACAGAUGUAGAUUUACAGCGGAGGUGUCCGUCAAGUACCAGACUUACAUCAAGGCCGCUACCCACAGAUCUGAAGAGCGACGAGAAGACACCAAGAGUGAGGAGAAGGGUAAACCCAAGGGCGUGAGGAAGUUCGGUCAACGGAUCGCCAAGUCCAUUGCCGCCGCUCUCGUUGCUGUGAUAGAUUAAACUGUGUCUAGAUUAUAGUGAAAAGACAGACCCUGGCGGUGGGUACAGUCCAAAGCUGCACUCUAGAGUUGUGUCAGCGCGGACCAUGGUUACAGCAAGUCGCUGGGGAAGUUGUAAUUAGCUUUGUACAGUCUGUCUGUGAUGAACCAUUUUUUUUUUUUGACCUGCAUUGGCCAUGAUCCGGGCUGAGUAUGAUAGUGACCUGAAGUGUACUCAUCAGAUGAAAUGAUGAGGCACUUCUGAUGUUGGUGUGUUUAGUGUGAAGUGCUGCCGCUGUGCCUCGGCCAGGGUUGGAAGAACUUAGUCACUCAAAGUCAUUUCCUGAUCCCCACCAUCUACAAGCAAACUCCCGCCCUCCAGUCCCUGAGCCCCUUCCGUUGAUGUCCUUCCCGCCCGCCACGCACCCACAAUUCUGCGGGCAAGCUGCCUAACAAAAAAAGCCCCACAGCCCAGGAUUCCCGAAUGCCUAGCAGCCUAUGGAUUUUAAAAGUGUUGAAAAUUGCCAAAGCGGUAUGGCCCGUUCAGUUCUACCUAAUGGUGUUAAUGGUGACUUUUAAUUCCUAACUGCCCCAUGUGCUUUUGACUGAAAGACGUGAUGUAAAGUUGCGACAGGCGUCUACUCGCUUGGUGAUCUGCUGACGAGUCUGCUAAAGUGCUGUGCUGUGCUGUGCUGUGCUAGGGAAUGGUCCAUUAGUGCUAAAAGUUAAGGUGUACAAAGGUUACUACCAAGGCUGCUAGGUUUAGCAUACCACUGGGGAUCUACUACUACUACUACUAUUAUAUAGCAUCAUAAAAAGCGUGUGAAAUAUUUUUUUUUUAAGAUGCCUGGUCUAUGUUGUACAAAUCUUCUUCAAUAGAUAAUCAUUCAUUUCGCCUAAGUCACGUGAUCUCAAAAAGUGCGCAAGCAGUAACUCCCCAUUUUAUAACGUAGGUAAAAUGUGUUUUUAGUGAUUUUAAAGUGAUAAACAUACAAUAAGUGUCUUACUAUUAUUAUUAUUAUAAUUAUUAUUAUUAUUAUUAUUAUUGUUAUUACAGUUGACAUGGAAACUAAAAAUAAAAAAAAAGACAGAAAAUUAUUACCAGUCAGAAUCAUAGAUGGAGUGACCAAAGGUGAAAACCCCCCCAAAAAAAAACACAAACAAAAGACUUGAGGUAUUUCGGCAAGUCUUCCACUGAUGGGCGUGCUCCUUGUGAUAUCUUGAGUAGACACACACACUGUUUGAGGAAGCCGUAGUGAGAAGCUGUGGGUCGGGGUACAUCACUGUGGCAGUGUUCAUACCCGCUGCUCUUUUGUGCUUGGGGGUGAAUAUUGCAAUGGGGUUAUAACAUAGUUGCUGUUGUUGUUCAGGCAGGUAUUAUUUUUCCCCCCCUUUAAAAAAUGUAAUUUUUUUUUUUGUAAAUUGAUUUUUUUUUUAAAUAUUGUAUAUUAGUCUGUUAUUCUGUUACCCUUCCUCCCCCCCCCCUUCCCCCUCUCCCCUCAGUCCGUCCGCUGGAGAAUUGGCAUUAUGUGUAUAUUACAUUUUUUUUUUUUUUAAAGAGAUCUCACUUGAAUCCCAAGACAAAGGAGCCGCGUAUAGUUAAAGACGAGUCUUCAAGUGUGUGUAAGUGCUGCUUACACUUAUGUCACCACUGUUGCAGCCGUGUGUGAGUGGUCAUGGUGGACAGUGAGCCACUUUUUAUGUAAUUUACAAUGUUAUUCUUUAAUUAAAAGCAAAAUAUAGUGCCUGCAGUACCUACCCCCAUGAGCACUCUCCUCCGGCACCAACAGUCCCCCUUCCCUCCCUCCCUCUUAGUUGUAUAGUUUGUGUAAUGUUGGCAUGUGACUGCAGUGAUGGUGACUGCAGUGAUGCAGUGAUGGUGGUGCAGGCUGGUGCUUACCCUCGGCUGGGGGUGGUGGAAUGCAGCUUCUUGCUUUAAUUUGUUUGUUGGUUCUAUUUGAUGUUAUGAAUAUUUUUUGGUGGGUUACGGUAGAUAUCUUUUAAUUUUUUUUUCUCUUGCUGUUUUGGCCUGAUUUUAAGGGAUCCUUUGGACUUUUGGAUAGACAAGUCCCUGUGGAAUUCCUUCACUUUUGGCCAUUGGGUGAGCACCUAACCUGCUUAUACACUAAAUUCAGCUGCCCCUGUUUCGCUUAAUUAGAAAUAUGGAUGGCGAGCAUUCUCCCCCCCCCCUCCUCCUCCUUCCCCCUUGUUCCUUCCGUAGCUCUGGCCGGUCCCUCACUAGUCACGUCUUCCUCAUAGUUUCAAAAUCCAUUUAAUUCGCCUAAUUUAUUGAGUUUUUUUGACGGUUUUUAAAUCAUAUCGGAUAUUAUUUUUAAGAUUUUGAUACUGCUGUACGCUGGUUGAGGACGUGGCAGCGGGGCUCCCCCAAGCUACAGGUGAUGUUAAGAGGGUGGAGUUGUGUCUUGGAGCCUUGCGCUAGCCUAAAGAGUAUCGGCACCUUUAUACUUCCAAGUGCACCGCCGUUUAUAAGUGUGAAAAGUUUAAUUUUAAUUGAAAUAUUGCAUUUAUAGAGCCACUGUUUUAGCCUUUAGCAUUUGUUCGUGCUUAGCUGUUAAGGAUGGUAAAAAGAGACUGUGUAACAGUCUUUGUUGUGUGUGUGAAGUGAAACUUUAUAUAGUGUCGCCACAGAUCUUUCUGGGGCGGGUGGGUGGCACUUCUCCCCCCGGCCACCCACUAACCUCCCCCGUAGUUGCUAAUGACUACCCUCCACUCGCCCACACAAUCCCAGAGUGUUGUUAUAGUGUGGGGGAGCAUAUAUCCUCCCUUUUGCUGUUACUGUGGGGGAGGGGGGGAGGCUUGUCUCUUGCGCACAUGUUACGGCGGGCUUGUCAAGUGAUUCUUGUGGUCAUGAUGUGAUUGCGGUGUACUGUAGAAAGAGUAUAUUUGAUCAGAGAUGGCAAUAGAUUUUUUUUGUUUGUUUGUUAUAAACAUGACAACGCACAAAC